AUGGAGAAUGAGUUUCUUCUACAGCGAAGUAGUGCUGGAGUGCUGCCAAGAGGUUCUUGUGCAGAGGCUGCCAAUAAAUUCAACAUCCACAAAAGGACAGCAGAGAGAAUAUGGCACAUCAGUAAGCAGCAGAUGGACAGAGGGGAACCUGUCAUGAUGCAAGGCAAAGUAAAAGGUUAUCAACACAAAGACAAACUCAUGUUAGAUGAAGACAAGUUUAGAAACCUGUCCAUGCUUGAGAGAUCAACCAUAAGGAAGGUUGCUUCUAAGAUGGAAGUAAGCAAGACAACAAUUGGUAGAUUUCUUAAGAGGAAUCAAUUGAAACCUCAUACAAGUGCUAUCAAGCCUACACUUACUGAAACCAACAAAAUUGCAAGGAUAAAAUGGUGUCUUUCUCAUAUUCAGCCAACACUCGCUGAAGGUAAACUUCUUUACCAUUCAAUGCACAACAUUGUCCAUAUUGACGAGAAAUGGUUCUACAUGACAAAGACAUCAGAUAGAUACUACCUGUUGCCGGAUGAAGAUGUGCCAUACAGGUCCUGUAAGUCCAAGAGAUUCAUCACUAAAGUGAUGUUCAUGGCUGCUGUGAGUAGGCCACUAUGUGGGCCUGAUGGAGACAUCAUAUUCGAUGGUAAAAUAGGGUUAUUUCCAUUCACAGAACAGAUACCAGCCCAAAGAAGUUCAAAGAACAGGCCAAAAGGGACAAUGGAGACAAAGCCAAUUCAGUCAAUUACCAAGGAAGUCAUGACAGCUUGUCUCAUAAACCAGAUUAUACCAUCAAUCAAAGCCAAAUGGCCAGCCAAUGCAAGCAAGAAGAUUUUCAUACAGCAAGAUAAUGCCAAACAACAUCAGAUUGCACAUAUCACAAUCAUCAACAAUUCUCCCUGCCUCAAUAUCACAUAA